CACUCCUGAUGUGAUAUACGUAAGCUAGGCUUAUGGCCUGGUAGCUGUGAAUGGAAGCAGCUGUGAGCUGAAAUAUCAGGCUUUUAACAACUUGAUAGUGGCCGACGCCAGGAUUACCUAUACGCAUAUUGAAAAUUACGUACUAAUGUUCAGAACAAAAUCUUUACAGUAAAGAUAAGCAUCAAAAUGCGAUGUUCAUCAAUGUCUGAUGGUUCGACUGCUGGUGAUGCUGUAAGUCACAGAGAACAUAUUCGAAACAUAACAGGAUUAGUUCUAGAUCUUAUCACUGAAAAUGAUGAGGAAACACCAGUCGUUUUUUGUCAGUGCGAUACAUUGACUAAGAAGUAUGAGGAGGUCGUAUGGAUGGAAUCUGCAAGAUGGGUUAAAUAUGAAGAAGAUGUUGAAGAGAAUGGGAAACGUUGGUCGAAACCACACGUAGCCUCUGUAACAUUACAUUAUGUUCUUGAGUUAAAGACACAGAUGUCAACAGGAGCAAUACUACUUGAGGCCGAUGUUAAAAGUUUGCCAGAGUUAGCUGAUCUGAUAUCUGAAGAACUGUCAAAGAUGAAAACCAUUACGAAUAACAUGAAACAAAAGAUAAGAUCAACGUUAUUAUCACGCCACGAGCAUCAUCAAAAACGUAAAUACAGAGAUAAGAAGAUGAAGUCCAAUAUCAUAACACAAUGCAAGAUGCCAAAGACCACAAGUCAUGCAGAAUUUGCUGGAAUAAGACUUCGACAUAAAGAAGAUUGCAAUGAUGUGUCAAAUAGUGAUUUUCAAGAUUCGUCUCCUCUAGUCAAACCCAAUACACCUUUUGCCAAAAAGAUCCCCGAAGGUGCAGAAGUUGCCAAUGUAUGGGUUGGUGAAUUGGAAGACCUGAAAAAACCAGUCACAGUUUUUAUUCGAUUGGCUAAACCCAGAUUUAUUGGUGAUUUAUCGGAAGUGGCUUUACCUACCAGGUUCAUUUUCCUUCACCUUACGCCUCCAUCUGUUCCCAGCUAUAUAUUUGAAAUAGGAAGAGCAAUUUCAAAUAUGAUGGUCGAUGAGAUUUUCAGCGAAGUUGCAUACAAAGCAAAAUCACGGGAAGAUAUUAUGCAUGGAUUUGAUGAAUAUUUGGACCAACUUACAGUUCUGCCUCCAGGCCAAUGGGAUCCUGAUGUCCGCUUAGAACCACCUACUACAGCACCUUCUCAGGAAAGACGAAAACUGGUAUCACAAAAGUCUGACUUGGCUUCUGAAGAGAAUGACGAUGAAGAGGAUGUUACAUUAGUCCGAACGGGAAGAUUAUUUGGAGGUCUUAUUAAAGAUGUAAAACGAAAAAUUCCUUUUUACAUCAGUGACUUUAAGGAUGGUUUACACAUUCAGUGUAUUGGUGCUAUACUCUUCAUGUAUCUAGCUACACUGACACCAAACAUUACAUUUGGAGCUUUACUUGGUCAGGAAACAGAUCAGCAUAUGGGAACAAUGGAAUGUCUUUUAGCUGUUGCUUUUGUUAAUUUAGCAUUUGCUUUGUUUGGUGGACAGCCACUUAUUAUAAUGGGUAGUACUGGUCCUGUAUUAGUACUGGAAAUAAUCAUCUAUGAUAUGUGUAGAGACUACAAUUGGGAUUUUCUGUCAUUCAGAUGCAUGAUAGGUCUGUGGGCAGCUUUAUUUUUACUGAUAAUUGUUGCCUUUGAUCUGAGUGCAUUUGUGCGUUAUAUAACAAGAUUUACAGAAGAAAGUUUUGCUUGCUUAAUUGCCAUCAUUUUCAUAGUUGAAUCGUUUAAAAAAAUAUUCUCAAUAGCUGGCACACAUCUCUAUAACACACAUCCAGACAUACCAUUAGACUAUUCAUGCACCUGUGUUCCUAAUAAUCAGACAGAGAAUAUCACAACUGUGAAAACAGUGCCAACUUCUUAUGUAAAUUUAAAUUCAACGAUGAAUUCAAUUAUCAACUGGAAUAGUAUAAAGAAGGAGGAUUGUGUUGAUCUAGGAGGCGUCUUGGAAGGUUCCGGUUGUGAAACACCAAUUUACCAUGACAAUGUUUUCUUUUUAUCUAUUAUACUUGGUAUUGGAACUUUUACAAUUGCAUGGGAACUGGUUAAAAUGAAGAAAAGUCCAUUCUUCCCGACAAUAGUACGCCAGACUCUAGGAGACUUUGCAGUCUUCAUCGCAAUUUGUUUGAUGGUGCUAGUUGAUGCGCUGCUGGGAGUUCCAACUCCGAAGCUUCAAGUUCCAGAUAAAAUUCAGCCCUCCGACCCUACACGGCCAUGGUUUAUAAGUCCGUAUAGUUCUGGCAAUCCCUGGUGGACAAUGAUAGCUACAGUAUUACCAGCAGUUGUAGCUGUAAUCCUGAUCUUCAUGGACCAACAAAUUACAGCUGUUAUCAUCAACAGAAAGGAAAACAAACUCAAGAAAGGUUGUGGUUACCAUUUAGAUUUGACAGUAACAACGUUCUGCAUUGUGGUAUGCUCGUUUUUCGGUCUUCCUUGGUAUGUUGCUGCUACAGUCCGAUCAAUGGCACAUGUUAACAGUCUUAAAAUGGAAUCUGAAUGUACUGCACCCGGUGAGAAACCAGUCUUCCUUGGUUGUAGGGAGCAGCGUCUUACUCCUCUGAUCGUCGCAUUGUUGAAUGGAUGUUCAGUUUUCAUGCCUAAAAUAUUACAGCUUGUACCUAUGCCGGUUUUAUAUGGUGUAUUUUUGUACAUGGGAGUAUCUGCUCUAAGGGGAAUGCAGUUUAUGGACCGUAUCAUGAUAAUGUUUAUGCCUGCAAAAUACCAACCAGACCACAUGUAUCUUCGCCAUGUGAGGAUCAAUCGAGUUCAUCUGUUUACAUUUUUCCAAAUAUUAUGUUUGGGAAUACUAUGGGUCAUAAAAGCUAUAAAAACUAUAUCUAUUGUUUUCCCUGUUAUGGUACUGGGUACAUGUUUCGUAAGAAAAGGAAUGGAAAGAAUUUUUACCUCAAACGAACUGAAAUGGCUUGAUGAUAUGGAUACAGAAGACAAGAUGAUGAAGCAGGAAGAUGCUGGUGAAUUAAUUGUUGAAGAUGACGAUACAGAUGACGAUGUUGUUGAUGAUGGUCCAAUAGAAUUUUUACAGCAAAGUAAAUACAGAAGAAUCAACUCCACUGGUAAUAUGUCAUGGUAUCUCAAACAUGACACACACUCAAAUGGCAUGUCUAAAGAGGAUAUUGCUAUUGAAAAUGAUGGUCCUGCAGAAUUUUUAGAGUUAAGGAAAUACAGGCGAAUCCAGUCAACUGGAAAUAUGGCUUGGUUUCAACACGAAAAUACAGCUUUACACAGAAGAGACAAAAAAAUAGAUUUCAAAUUAGAUGAGGACAGCAAUAUAUAAAGCAAAAGUUUGUGUGU